CUUUUGAAUAAAUAUGCAUUGUAUCACAUAGUAUGCCAUUUAAGCAUGCAAGGAAUGUGCAUUAUUUUAGUCCCACGCAUAUUGCUCAUGGGCAGACAAGAAAAUAAUUUUGGAAUGGUGAGAUUGGAAGCAGCGCUUAAGAAGUCAAGGCUCAUACCAGGGGAAAUUUGCUACCCAGAACUUUGCAAACAGGAGUUUGCUAACAGAUAUCAAAGGAGUUUUGCAUAGAGCUUAGCGAUGAAAUGUGCAGGGAGGUACACAAGCAUGAGGAGAAGGUAUAAGGAGAAACUGCCUUCCAAGUGUUUUCAAGACCAUGUCACUAACAAAGAGAGAUUCUCAGAUGCCCUCAAUGGCCAGAGGUGGAGAUUUUUGAAAAAUGGCCUGGAUGACUUCAGGAAUGGCUGCCCUCCUCCUUCUGACAACAUCAUCAUCCGAGGCAAAAAGGGCCCAGUACCUGUUCUUCUACAUUACAAACAAAUGGAUGCUUCACAGAUAGUACCUUAUAAGGCUAGAGAAUUACAGACCAAAAGUGAAGUCAGUUUCUCCAAGCUCAGUGCAGCACAGAAAGCCAGGAAAGAUUACAUUGUGCAGACUGAGCACUGCCUGACCCAACAUCCACUAGCGCUUUAUCCACAUUUGGAGGAAAGUGUGUCUCCAGAGCUUUUUCGGGAAGUUGUGAGGCUCCUGGACCCCGAGCUGCACCUGAGCAGAAGCUCACAUGGCUAUGACAGAACUCAAGCAACUCUCCCAACUAUUCAAUAUCACCUGAAGUGCGAAACAAAAUCACCGCCAACUCACAGUGCACCCCUGCAGUCCUGGCUGCCUAAAAGCAAGAACCCUUACACAUGGUUUAGUAAAAAAAGGGUGGCUGAGAGAGAGAGGGCAGCCAGAAUAGGCUACGUCCCUCCCUUGGAUGAGAAUGUAAAGCGUGUAACCAAGGAGUUCUGUGAGUGGGUAAGCGCAAUGGGAGGUGAAAAGUAUAACAUCGAUGAAGCCACUGUCAUGAAACUGUUUGACACCAGGUAUGAAUCGAAGUCCAAGACAGCAGCACCCAUUAAAAUUGUGGAGCUAUACCAUGUCCCAGCAGAACUAAGAGAGUGCCUGGGAAGGCCUGAGAUUCAGGAAACUAAAAGUACUGUCAAGCAGAUGCCUUCUGAGCCAAAGUGGGAGAAGUUUAAAUAUGGAGCCUGGUACCUUCAUCCCAAGAAAUGGAAAAAGCAAAAAGCAAGUGAUUGGGAAACAGUCCCUGAAGCUCUGAAAACCUUUCUGGAAUUGAGGAAGAAAGCUGCCAAACAGAUGGAGUCGAAGGAGAAGGCAACGCCACUCCAUGGAACAUUUGCCUUCAAUCGGUUCCUUGAAAUGAGGGGCUACAGGAAGCCUGCGGCUUCUACAAAUCUGCCUGCCAAGGGAAAUGCCCCUGGCUGUCCAGCAGCACCUGAAUCCCCACUGCAGAAAGCCUAGAGAGCCAAGUUUCUGAGUGCAGGCACAGGCCUUAUGUGCCUGUAAAAGAAGUGGAGCAGACACAUGGUGAGAUCCAGCUCAACUGAAGAGACUUUCAACCUUCCCUCCCUGCUGAAGGUCUUUGGAACAUGCAGAGGACUGAGGGGAGGCGAGGACUGGUGGGGAGUACAGAAAUGGCUGGGUAUGUAGCCAAGCCCAGGUCGGUGGGUCCCUGCAUAAAUUGUGCACUGAGGUCGUCCAAGGGGGCUCGACUGUGGUUGCACUCACUGCUGGAGGUACAGGCAGCUUCCAUAGAACCUAGAGUCUCCUUGGUUGUAGUGACCCCACCCCCUCAACAGUUGUGUAAUUUCCUGCCCAAGGGGGUUUGCGUGUCCUCCUCCCUGUUGGCUUUCAGAGGCCGGUGAAAAGCAUUUGUCUGAAAGGGGAUUUUUCAGUCAUUGUUGGUUUUGUUUUUUGCCUGCAAAUAGUUUGUGCUAUGACUAUGAUAUGGUUUGGUAGGGGUUAUUAAUGUUGUGUUACUCUGUACUGUAUUGUAUUUGGAAUUUUUAAAUUUUAUUUUGAAGUGUAUUGUAUUUUAUUGUAAACUGCCCGGAAAGCUUUGCUAUGAAGUGAUACAGAAAUUCAAUAAAUAAAACAAAAUAAUAAAAAUAGGAA